AUGGCUUUUUCCAGUGGACAAUUUCCUAUAUACAUUCUGACACUCUUUUGUUGGAUAUCCGUCAUAUCUGACCAGAUCUUGACCAAGGCGACAAACUCCUCAAUCACCGUAUUGGCUUCCUCUCGUGCUGUCAUCUCAGGCCAGGUGACCCCUGCUACCAUUGUAAUAUCUCUUGCGACUGGAAAGAUCACCACCGUGUUUGAUUAUGUUCUCCCCGCUCACGACUUCCCUGAGGGGACUCCUUAUAUCGAUCAUUCCCCUAAUGUCCUCCUUCCGGGGUUGAUCGAUACUCAUGUCCACCUCAAUCAACCAGGCCGUACAGAAUGGGAGGGAUUUUACACCGGCACCCAAGCCGCCGCUUUUGGUGGAGUCACCACCGUCGUGGAUAUGCCCUUGAAUGCCAUCCCACCCACCACGACGGUUGCGAACCUGAAGGAAAAAGUUGCAGCAGCCGAGGGCCAAUGCUGGGUGGACGUCGGCUUUUUUGGUGGUGUCAUCCCUGGGAAUUCUCAUGAACUUAAAGCCCUUGUUCAUGAAGGUGUCCGUGGCUUUAAGGGAUUCCUAAUUGAUAGCGGAGUUGACGAAUUCCCCGCUAUCAAUACGGAAGAUAUCAAAAAGGCCAUGGCUGAAUUGGCCGACGAACCCACGACGCUCAUGUUUCACGCAGAAAAGGAACCUCACGAGGAAUCUCCUCUGCCCAUCGGACCUGUGGACAACUAUUCGACCUACCUAGAAUCCCGCCCAUCGACCUACGAGACUGACGCCAUUGCAGAAGUCUUGUCCCUUUCCCAUCUCGCGCCCAAACUCGCUCUGCAUAUCGUCCACCUUUCCGCCAUGGAGGCCAUCCCGAUGUUGCGCGAAGCCCGCGCACAGGGCGUUCCCAUCACUGCAGAGACUUGCUUCCAUUAUCUCUCUUUGGCAGCCGAACAGAUCUGUGAUGGCGACACCCGCUACAAAUGUAGCCCGCCCAUCCGCUCCCAAGAUAACCAGGAUGCUCUAUGGGCUGAACUAGCGCGAUACCAAGAUGACGGCGUGAUCCAGACCGUCGUCUCGGAUCAUUCACCCUGCACGCCGGAUCUCAAGCUCCUUCCGUCGCACAUCCCUCCCUACACAUAUGCACAAUCGCACAACGGCAGCUUCCUUACCGCCUGGGGAGGUGUCUCUUCCGUCGGUAUGGGACUCCCAAUCUUGUGGACCGAGUUCAGCCGCAGGAAUGGCCUGUCCUUUGCACCGGAGGAUGAAAAUACGGACCGUGCCCUCCAGGAUAUCGUCCGGCUCUGCUGCAUGAAUACUGCCGCCCAGGUGGGUUUAGAGAAGCAGAAGGGUGAUCUGGCCGUUGGAAUGGACGCGGAUAUUUGCGUCUUCGACGACACCGCUGAGUGGGUUGUCGAGCCAUCGACUAUGCUAUUCCGAAAUAAGGUCUCGCCUUAUCAAGGCCAGAAACUGAGGGGUGUUGUUCGGGAGACCUGGCUCCGGGGUAAGCGAAUAUUCACCCGUGCUGCUUGA